GAGAUUUGAAUUUUCCUAUAAAUUAGCUUCAAAGGGAACAGUCGAGAAGGAGAAGUAAGAGAGAGGAAACAGCGAGCGAAAAUUUGAAAGCCAUCAGUAGCAGCUACCAAGCCAAGGAAAGGAAAGGAAAGGAGAUGCGGAGCGCUAAGAAUGCCUCGCGGAAGAAGAUUUCUCUGGAGCGAUACAUGGAGUUCCUCCUCUCCCAUCCCCGAAUCGUUCUCCCUGUCCCUGAUCUCAACCAGAUCAUUAGCUUGCACGGUUUCAGGAAAGUAACAGAAAAUCCCAAGCAGAAAAAUCUCACCGAAGCAUUGGAGGAACUGGAUCUGAUGGACCUCUCCCGCUCCACCAUACACCACGGCUCUGGGAUAUUCCCGUCCGUGUCCAUCACUCUGGAAGAUUUAGUCGACGACCUCGACAAGUUGAACUGGCAAGAAUGCCGCGUCACCUCUAUCCAAACCUUCCACUCUUCCAAAGGAGGCAGCGCUUCAACAGGACCGGCCGACUCUCGUCCUCAAUCCGUUUCAACUGUACCCGCCCGAACACUCAACUCCAAUGGCGACUUCCCUGCCCAUCUCUCCGCCACCGGAGUGGCAGAAUCGAAGAAACAAUCGGCCGCUGCUGCUAAGAGCUCCGUUUGCCUUGGUGCGGCGUCUAAGUCGCCUACUGCGUCUGAGAUCUCCAGACCAGCUGAAUCGGAGGUGCAAUCUGCUGCUGCUACUGCUACUGCUACCCGCAAGAGGAAGAGUUUAGAUGAGAUACCACGGCGUCUGCCUGCUCAUCAUCUCUCCACCGCACCCGCCGCUGAAUCAAAGAAGAAGCAAACAUCCGCUGCUCGCAAGAGGACGCUUUGAAACUAUUUCAAUCGUAGCAGUGCCGAAGUAGCAAGGGUAUUAGGAUCAUAUUACCAUGUUACUUUAUUAUUUCUUGUUUCUGUAUUUGAGUUGAUUUGACAGACCAGGGUCCUGCAAUUCGAGGCCCCAAAAACAUCUCUACUCCACCCUUAUUUGGUUGACUUUGAUUACCCUGUAUUUUUCUGGG